UCAGUGGUCAGUGUGUUUGUACUAGGCGGAGCAGAGCGAGUGAGAGACGAUUCUAGACGCCGUCUUUUCAAUGUUUUCUGCUCGCUAAUUGCUUUUUAAAUUCUCGACGAUCUGUGUUUCAAUUUGUUGCUUCCAGGUUCUUGUAAUCAAAUUGCAAUACUAGUUAGUGCUUGGAGGCUUCACACGGUGCCGUUUCUUUGACUGCUUUUCACUUUUGUGCUUGGCUUUGGAUUGUUCACAUGUAUAGUAUGGUUUUACACUUUUUCCUCACUGAUUUGGGAGUGUGAGUUGCAUUUGCUGUUCGUUGCUCUUUUAGCAUAGUAGUGACCUUCUCCUUCUACCCUCUGCUUCAAAAGCGCCGUCGUAUAGAGAAAGCUAGUUUUGGAUGCAGAGAAGAUUGGUUUUGAACUCUGUGAGGAAAAGGAAUCAUGAGAACGCAACUUUUAGAAAUCCAACCCAGGGAACUGAAAUUUAUAUUUGAAUUAAAUAAGCAGAGCUCAUGUGCAGUACAACUUACCAACGGCACCUAUCACAAUGUUGCUUUCAAGGUUAAGACCACUUCCCCUAAGAAAUAUUGUGUGCGACCAACUAUUGGCAUUAUCUUGCCAAAAACAACUUGUGAAUUUACUGUUACAAUGCAAGCUCCAAAAUCAACUAUUAAUGAAAAGGCAUGCAAAGACAAGUUUUUAAUCCAAAGCACCGUUGUUCCUGUUGGAACAACUGAGAAGGACAUAACGUCUAAUAUGUUUGACAAAGAUGACGGCAAGUACAUUGAAGAGACAAAGCUGAAAGUUGUCCUCAUCAGCCCACCUCAAUCUCCAUUACUAUCUCCAAUUAAUGGGGUGCUUAAGCAGGAACCUACGCACGGAGCUUCAGUGUUGAGAGAUCCAGCAUUGAGAGAAGUUGAGAACACCACUCCAACUCACAUGUAUCAGGUCUCCAAGAAUGUAGAUGUCAAAUUGAUUUAUGAUCAGGAGUUUAAAAAAGAAAAGGAUAUGGAGUUGAAGCUGAACAAGGACGUGAUUGAUGAUCAGGAUUCAAAGCCAGAAAAAGAUGCUGAAUGGAUGCCAAACAAUGAUGUCAUUAAUAUUGAGGAGGUAAAACUGGCAAAGCAUGUUGACUUGAAGCCAGAAAAUAAUCCCAUUGAUGAUAAUCUGGCAAAGGAUGGACGAUUCUCUCUGCCAAAAAAUGAAGUAAAUAAAGCAGAAUUUCUAACACUAAAGGAUGCGGAAGAGUUGAAGUUUGUCAGUGAUAUUAAGGAGAUGAAGUCAAAACUGAAUGUGCUUGAAUCAAAGCUGAAUCAGGCUGCAUCUACUAUUUCAAAAUUGUCAGAGGAGACAAGAUUAAGCAUUCAGGAGAGAAAAUUUUUGCAACAUGAGCUAACAAUGUUGAGAAGUAGGACAAGCACAAAGAGAGAGCAAGUGGGAUUUCCUCUUCUUUUUGUUGUCAUGGUUGCACUUGCCAGUAUUUUUCUUGGAUUCCUUUCCCACCCAUGAAUAUGAAGCAUCACAGAGUAUAUCUAAUAUUGUUAGUAGCUAGAACAACCAACUAAUUGGAUUCUCCAAAAAAAUAGCAAGGGACUGUAAAUCUGUCCUUUUAUGGGUUUAAUUCACCCUAGGAUUGCUAAUAUUUUGAGUGUACACAUGAUGCUCUAUGAAAAUAUCGAAUUUAAAGUGCCUGAUUCUGGUAAAAAGAAAGGAGAAAGCAUAGUGUGCAAUAGUAUGUAAGAGGGUAAUCGUAAUAACAUCUUUAUCUGUUUGAUGGCCCA